AUCUAAGCGACGAUGGAAGAAAAUGAAUGCAUCGUUAACACCUGUCGGUGCUCUGCUCUGCUGAAUCCUGUGUGUUUUUCUUAUUUUUCUGACACUCUCAACUCCAUUAAACCACCCACAUUGUAUCUAAACCCCCCUAAGAUUUCUUUUCCCUCUUAGGUUAUUAACCUUCACAAGAUUCCAUCUUUUUCCACUAAAUCUCUCUGAAAGAUUCUUUGAGUCAAAACCCAGCAUUUGUUUUCCUCUGGCAGUGCGGAGCAUUGCAUUUUCUUCUAUUUGAAGGCUUGAGUAUUUUCCUGAAUUCAUAGAAUUUUCAAGAACUUGGUUGCAGAAAAAAUAUUUAGUCUUCGCACGUUCAGAUCCAGCCACUACAAAAAGACCGUCAUUUCCCAGUUCUUGUGACGAGGGAACUGAUCUUCUUGUUUGUUCGUUGAGAAUAAUGGAGGAGAAGAGGGGGUCAAGAGGGUGGUGUGGUUGGUUCUUGGUGUUAAUAGUUUUGGCUGCGAUCGCCUUUGCAAUUUUCUACGCUGUGAGGCAGAAGCAGCACAAGUCGGAGCCAGGAGCAGCGCCUGUUCCGGGGCCACCCGGCGCCGUCACAAAGAAAUAUGCUGAUGCUCUCAAAGUUGCAAUGCAGUUUUUAGACAUACAGAAAUCUGGGAAGCUGGAGAAUAAUAACAUACCUUGGAGAGGGGAUUCUGGUUUGAAAGAUGGGAGUGAAGCGCAAGUAGAUCUUUCCAAGGGAAUGUAUGAUGCUGGGGAUCAUAUGAAGUUUGGAUUUCCUAUGGCUUUCACUGCCACAGUGUUGUCUUGGACCAUCCUUGAGUAUGGGGAUCAAAUGAAGGUUGUGAAUCAAUUGGAACCUGCUCAAGACUCGCUUAAGUGGAUCACGGACUACCUCGUUAACGCUCAUCCUACUGAUAAUGUCCUAUACAUUCAGGUAGGCAGUCCUAAAGUAGACCACGGUUGUUGGGACAGGCCUGAGGACAUGACAGAGGACCGGCCUCUCACACAGGUGAACGCCUCUGUCCCAGGAACUGAUGUUGCUGCUGAAACAGCUGCAGCUCUAGCUUCAGCAUCACUGGUCUUUCGGAGCACUGAUUCUGCAUAUUCAACUUUACUUCUGAAGCAUGCUAAACAAUUAUUUACUUUUGCGGACAAAUAUAGAGGAUCUUAUAGCAUCAGUAUUCCUGAAGUUGCAACUUUCUAUAAUUCUACUGGCUAUGGUGAUGAGCUCUUGUGGGCAGCUAGCUGGCUCUACCAUGCAACAGGAGAUCGGUCGUACUUCCAAUAUGUGACUGGAAAAAACGGCGAAGACUUUGCUAAUUGGGGCAGUCCAACAUGGUUUAGCUGGGAUAACAAGCUAGCUGGAGCUCAGGUUCUGCUGUCUAGGGUUAGCUUCUUUGGGCCAAAAGACGUAUCAAAUUCGAAUAUUCUCCAGAAGUAUAGAGAUUCAGCAGAGGCUGUCAUGUGUGGUCUUUUACCCAAAUCUCCAACUGCCACCUCCAGCAGAACCGAUAGUGGUUUAGUUUGGGUAAGUCAAUGGAACGCAUUGCAGCAUCCUGUGGCAUCGGCGCUUUUAGCAGUCAUUUACAGCGAUUACAUGCUUACUUCUCGAACUGCAAAGAUAUCCUGUGAUGGACAUUAUUUUAGGCCCUCCGAUCUCCGGAAAUUCGCCAUGUCACAGGCGGAUUAUGUCUUGGGUGACAACCCUAUGAAGAUGAGUUAUCUUGUGGGCUACGGGGAUAAGUACCCGCAAUACGUUCAUCACAGAGGAGCUUCAAUCCCAGCCGACGCAACCACAGGCUGCAAAGAUGGUUUCCAGUGGCUGAAGUCAGAUAAGCCAAAUCCCAAUAUUGCAAUGGGAGCACUUGUAGGCGGACCGUUUCUCAACGAGUCAUUCGUGGAUUCAAGAAACAACUCGAUGCAAACUGAGCCAAGCACGUACAACAGUGCAGUCAUUGUUGGGCUCCUUUCUAGCUUGGUGACCACAUCAUCCGUCGUUCAAUCUUUCACAUAAGUAAUAAGUAAUAUUCGUUCACAACCUAUUCAUUCCCUAGUAACUAUGUUUAGCUAAUGGGUGACGACCUUUUGUUUUAUAUUUUGCUAGUUCAUAGGUCUGAGCUGCUAACAGCGCCAGUAUUUCAUGUAUAUCAAUGUCUUGAGUGUAAAUUUUGUAACUGUAAUGCGGUCUGCUUCUAAACAUGUUAAAUGGAUCCGAAGUUGAGUAUGUUUAAGGUUUUUUAUUUGUGGCUAUAAAAAGUGUGAGAUGAGUUCGACUA